AUGGCGGAAAUUGAAGGGAUAUUUAAAUUUAUGAAAAUAUGUGGUCAGUUAAAGAAAGUUAAACGUACGGGCUGGGUUAACCAUCAAGUUACAGCUCCGGAAAGCGUUGCUGGGCAUAUGUAUAGAAUGGCCAUGAUGACCUUUUUACUUGAUGAUCCGGAAAUCUCAUUAGAUAAGACGAGAUGUAUGAAGGUAGCAAUUGUACAUGAUUUAGCCGAGAGUAUUGUUGGUGAUAUAACUCCAUUCGAUGGUGUGACCAAGGAGGAUAAACACAGAAUGGAGAAGGAAGCUAUGCAGAGUAUCAAAGCUUUAGUUAGCAAUGAGGAAUAUGAGACACAAGCAACUGCUGAGGCCAGGGCCGUUAAGGAUUUGGACAGAUUUGAGAUGAUAUUACAAGCUUUUGAAUAUGAGGAAGAUGAAAAUCGAUUUGGAGACUUGGAAGAUUUUUUUAAGUCUACCGAAGGUAAAUUUAAGCAUCCAGCUGUAAAAAGAUGGGAUAGCUAUUUAAGAAAUAAAAGAAGAGAGAAACUUAAAUGA